AUGUCGGAAGCCUCAUCCCUUAGCUCCUUCAAUGACGAUUCGGAUCCAGACAACACGACAUCAUCCGAAAUCUGGCAGGAUGCACCGCAGAUCAGCCCUCGAGAAGAGCAUAGUUCUCCUCGGGUUCGAUUUCGAUCCAACCCUGGUUUCACGCGGAGUGCCCAGCGUGACCAGCCCAGGGAAGGUCUUCGGGAAGAAUGGGAGCGCUCACAACGCCAGGGGGAGCCCCAUCGGCCAACCACGCCUUAUGCCCACGAGUCUGCAGAUAUCACCGACACCCCGUUGAAAGAUCGCGAACCACAAACCGGACAAACCAUGGGUGUACCGGGCAUUGACGUGAUAGACCAUACACAGAAAGAAAAUGAAAACGAAAAGAAAACCCAAGAUCCGGACCGUCGUCGCACUACGAUGGAGAGGUGGCGUAACGUAACGCGAAACUGGAAGCAGAAAGCGUCGGACUUUGGCGAUCGCUUGGGUCGUCCACAAUCUGAGGGAGACGACCUUUCAGUGGGAAAAUACCACGCGGACUGGGCCACUGGGGGUGAAGGUGCGCUCUCCGACAUGACAGACAAUAAGCACAAGACCUCUGAAGAAAAGAAACGCGAUCAGAUCCACAGCAGUUCCGAGGCACAUCGUCUUGUUCGAGAUCUGACUCAAGAUCAUUCCCAAAAGCGUCGCAAAGGUCGGGGAAAACCAUAUCCUCAUCCUGACAACGAGUUCAAAGACGAGGAGAAUGAGACGGGUCUGGAUGCAAGUCUGAGAUAUCGGUCCGGGGGUGGCGGUAUCCUGUCGCAACUGAUCAAGUUAAAUGGUGGUCAGCAACCUGGAGCCGAAGAAAAAUCCCAAUCAUCCACGGGCUCAUCAGUCCAGUCCUCUAGCUCGUCGACUAGCGCGCCAUCGGGAGAAAGCACAGGCGUGACAACACCGCGAAAGGGAAAGCCAAAAUGGUACAAAAAAAACCAAAACACUUCCAAUUCAACUCUGAUUGGUGGAGGUCCUGGCACUUUUAGCGGCGCAAGUACUCCAGUUUCGAACGAAGUCCUCUCUGCAGCUUCAAAGCGUCGCGGCCAAGAGACCGCUGACACACAAAGUGGUUCUCGCAACGUUCGCCUAGAGGACGAAAUCCGGGUGACAGUCCACAUUGCCGAGAUCAUCUGUCGGCAGCGAUACAUCAUGCAGCUAUGCAGGGCACUGAUGACCUUUGGCGCUCCAACACACAGACUGGAGGAGUACAUGCAGAUGACUGCGAAAGUCCUCGAAGUCGAUAGUCAAUACUUGUACUUGCCAGGCUGCAUGGUCAUGUCGUUUGAUGAUCCGUCGACCCGCACGACCGAGGUAAAACUGGUUCGCGUCGCUCAGGGAGUGGAUCUGGCUCGUUUAUCCGACACCCAUCUUGUGUACAAAAACGUGAUUCAUGAUGUGGUGGGCAUCGAAGAAGCAGUCCAAGAGCUUGAUGGUAUCAUGAAAAAGAAACCCCGGUUUCCCAAGUGGAUCGUUGUCUUGGUCUACGGCCUUGCCACUGCCACCGUGGGCCCGUUUGCCUUCAACGCUCGACCAAUCGACAUGCCCAUAAUAUUCCUAAAUGGGAUCCUGGUUGGGCUGAUGCAGCACGUAGCGGCACCUCGCUCUGUGUUAUAUUCGAACGUUUUUGAGGUGACAUCGACCGUGGUCACAUCCUUUCUGGCACGAGGCUUCGGCAGUAUCCCACUCAGAGUAGUGAAUGGAAAGAGAGAAUAUCUUUUCUGUUUUUCAGCUAUCGCACAGGCCUCCAUCGCAUUGAUCCUCCCGGGGUUUCUGGUAUUGUGCAGCAGCUUGGAGCUACAAUCGCACCAAAUCAUUGCGGGAUCCAUUCGGAUGGUCUACGCUCUUUUAUUUUCGCUAUUUAUUGGCUACGGAAUCACAGUUGGAACUACGAUAUAUGGACUGAUGGACAAUGGCGCAGUCUCCGAUACCUCUUGUCCUAAAAAUGGCGCGUUCCAAAACCCUUAUGUCCAGCGAUUCCCGUUCGUUGCAAUAAUGACUGUCUGGCUUCUGAUCAUCAACCAAGGGAAAUGGAAGCAGCUUCCACCCAUGAGCAUCAUUGCAUUGGCUGGGUAUAUCAGCAACUACUUCAGUACAAAAAAGUUAGGAUCAAACUCACAGGUCGCCAAUACCGUCGGCGCAUUCACAAUCGGAAUCAUGGGAAACCUGUAUAGCCGACUCUGGCACGGACACGCUGCGACAGCUAUUUUGCCAGGCAUAUUCAUUCUCGUUCCAUCAGGGCUUGCUGCAACGGGGUCGUUGAUCUCGGGUGUCCAAUCCGCAGAUGAGAUUCGUCAAAAUAUCUCCUCCCAUGGCGCAGCAAGCACAUCUCCGGGAGCUGGGCUACAGUCUAGCAGCUCUGUUUUCAGCCUGGGAUUCGGUAUGAUCCAAGUCGCAAUUGGAAUCACCAUUGGCUUGUUUAUUUCUGCAUUGGUCGUGUAUCCAUAUGGCAAAGCUCGCAGUGGGCUGUUCAGUUUCUGA